AUGGACCGUCUACCCGAAAAGCUGCCUUUCUCUAAGCGGCGCCUGAAGCAGCGAGUCAUCUUAUCAUAUAUCUUUGACUAUGUUAUUCUAAUUGCGUGCAUUGGCGGCUUCUACGUCCUUGAUUCCAUUGAACCAUAUCACCAGCACUUCUCGUUACGAAAUAUCUCGAUUCAGUACCCAUAUGCAGUCCAUGAGCGGAUUACAAUUCAGGAAGCCCUCUGUAUCUCCGGCCUGGCACCCCUCGUCAUCAUUAUCGUCUAUACCCUCUUCAUCGACGGGCUUUUCUCGCAUCACAAGACGCAGCAUCCAGUCUCGGGGAAGCGCAAAUUCACCGGUCCAUAUAGAUGGAAAGAUCGGCUAUGGGAGCUCAACUGCGGUAUUCUGGGGCUCUUGCUCUCACAAGGGCUGGCCUUUGUCAUCACGCAGGUGUUGAAAAAUGCUUGUGGAAAGCCUAGGCCUGACUUCAUUGAUCGGUGCCAGCCCCGAGCGGGUAGUCAGGACGCGAUACCCGGACUGUCGAAUUCCACUGUCUGUACCGGUGAACAUGCGCUUAUCAAAGACGGCUUCCGGUCAUGGCCUUCAGGACAUAGUAGCUCGUCGUUUGCCGGAUUAUUCUAUCUCACGUUGUGGCUUAGUGGCAAGCUGCACAUAAUGGACAACCGCGGCGAGGCCUGGAAGACACUCUUGGUCAUGAUACCGUCUCUUGCAGCAACGCUUGUUGCGGUGAGCCGUAUUAUGGAUGCAAGGCAUCAUCCAUUCGACGUCAUCACCGGAUCGCUCCUAGGUAUUGUCUGUGCCUGCAUCUCGUACCGUCAAUAUUUCCCUUCCCUCAACGAGCCCUGGAAGAAAGGACGCGCCUAUCCCAUCCGGACGUGGGGCAGGGAUCCCGUGGGGCCUGCCGAGACUGUCCGCCUGGUGGCUGCUGAUGGAAGCACUGCCGCUCUAAGGAACCCGGAGGAGGAGCGAUUGAACGAACCUCCUCAGUCGAAGACGACCGGAAGUGAUGCCGGUAGGCCCUUGUACCUACCGGAAUCUAAUCCGUACACCACGAACAUGUACGGCUACUCAAGACGUGAUGAAGACGACAACUGGUCAUCCUCCAGUGAGGAUGUUGCUGGUGGAUAUGAGAUGCAACCUGGCUAUGCCCGGACGCAAAACCCAGCGUUGAACGGACCAACGGCGCGACUCGAUGUUGAUACGGCGUACCACUCCCAGACCCCUCAGGUUGUACUUGGAACCACCAGUACCCACGAAACCUCGGGCGCGCUCCCGACUCAUGCGGACAGGGGGCGGGAUCUAACAGAUAUGCCGUAUCGGGAAGUAUAAAACCUCAGCUUUUGUUGAUUGAUUAUGGGUGUAUUUUUUGCCAUUUCAUAGACAUACUUGGUCGCACUUAGAGAUGUGGAAAGUGGAUCUGGUAUGGUACCAAGAGGGCGAAAGUUGACCAUAUUACUACAGUGUGGAGGAGGAGAGACCGCACAGCUCUCCAUCUCACUCUCCUUGCAUCAGAUAUAAAUAGUCCUGGUUACUUUCUUGGUCGAUCCGGGACGCUGCCACACAAGAGGCAGAAAGCGUUCCUGAGGGCUAGACCAGUGCUCAACCGUGGCUCGAGCACCUCGUGGGCCGGGCAGCCCCACCCACGGCUCAGCUAUGGCAACGGCCCUCCCAAAGGCAAGGAUGGCGGUAAACACCGAACAAUAAUCACCAACGAUUGUAUGUUGAGAAAAAGAAUUGUAUACCAUUUGUACCGAUUGGCGUAGAAUUGUUGAGCCUGAUGACUCG